AGCUGCUACAAUGAGCGAGGCGGAGAAACAGGCGGUGUCCUUCGCCUGCCAGCGCUGUCUGCAGCCCAUCGUGCUGGACGAGCAGCUGGAGAAGAUCAGUGUCCAUGCCAUGGCGGAGUUAUCACUGCCUAUCUAUGGGGACAAUGGAAACGCCUUGGACCCGCAGGACGCCAGCAGCUUUGACCAUUUCGUUCCGCCCUACAGGCUCACGGACUCUAUCAAUGGCACUGGGUUUAUGCUGGUGUCCGAUGGGCGGGACAGCAAAAAGAUGAGCGCUGCCUUCAAGCUAAAGGCCGAGCUUUUUGACUGCCUUUCCUCCAACUCCGAGAUCGACCAUCCCCUAUGCGAGGAAUGCGCCGAUUCCAUGCUUGAGAUCAUGGACCGAGAGCUGCGCAUCGCCGAGGACGAGUGGGAUGUGUACAAGACGUAUCUGGACGAGCUCGAACAGCAAAGGGAGGCCCCUAACGUGGAUGCCUUGGACAAAGAGCUGGACGAACUGAAACGCAGCGAGCAGGAGUUGCUCUCGCAGCUGGCCGAGCUCAAGGAGGAGGAACAGUCGUUAAACGCAGCCAUCGCACAGGAGGAGCUGGAGAGGGAGCAGCUGCACGAGCAGGAGGAAAGCUACUGGCGAGAGUACACCAAGCACAGACGUGAACUGAUGCUCACAGAGGACGAUAAACGCAGCUUGGAAAGCCAAAUCGCUUACUCGCGGCAGCAGCUGGACAAACUGCGGGAUACCAACAUUUUCAACAUCACCUUUCACAUAUGGCAUGCUGGCCACUUUGGCACCAUCAAUAACUUUCGGCUGGGCCGCCUGCCCUCCGUUUCCGUGGACUGGUCUGAGAUCAACGCCGCCUGGGGCCAGACAGUGCUCCUACUAUCCGCCCUGGCCCGCAAGAUCGGACUCACCUUCGAACGGUACCGUGUGGUGCCGUUCGGCAAUCACUCCUACGUGGAGGUACUCGGCGAGAACCGGGAGCUGCCACUCUACGGCAGUGGCGGCUUCAAGUUCUUCUGGGACACUAAGUUCGAUGCUGCCAUGGUGGCCUUUCUCGACUGCCUCACUCAGUUCCAGAAGGAGGUGGAGAAGCGGGACACCGAAUUCCUGCUGCCCUACAAAAUGGACAAAGGCAAGAUCAUCGACCCCUCCACGGGAAAUUCCUACUCGAUCAAAAUCCAGUUCAACUCGGAGGAGCAGUGGACGAAGGCUUUAAAAUUCAUGCUGACAAACCUGAAGUGGGGAUUGGCUUGGGUCUCCUCGCAGUUUGUGUCGCCCUGAGGCAAUCGU